AUGGAGUGCCCAAAUCGGACAGCACCUGAUGUGUUUGUCCUUUCCGGCUUCCCAUUCCCCAAUGAACUGAAGGUGCCGUUGUUACUCUUCUUUUUCUUCAUGUAUAUUCUGACUCUUUCUGGGAAUUCCUUGAUUGUCUGGGUGGUGGCAUCUCAUCCCCAGCUGCACAAGCCCAUGUAUUGGUUCCUUUGCCAUCUGUCCAUCCUGGAUAUGGCUUUCUCCUCCGUCGUUGUUCCUAAAGUGAUUGCAGGGUUCAUUCCUGGUGGGAAAAUCAUCUCUUUUAGAGAAUGCAUGUGCCAGGUAUUUUUUUUACAGUUCUUGGGAUGCACCGAAAGUCUCCUUUACAUCGUGAUGGCUUACGACCGCUUCAUUGCUAUCUGCAAGCCCCUCCAUUACAGCCACAUCAUGCAUUGGAGGGUCUGCCUCACCCUCUGUUUGGGCAUAAUGGUUGCAGGUUGCCUGAACUCAAGCUUGCAGACGACAGUCACCUUACGACUGCCCUAUGGAUGGAGCAACCGUAUUGACUAUGUCUUCUGUGACAAUCCUGCCCUGCUGAAGCUGGCUUGCGCGGACAAAACUCUCAACGAGAUGGUGAUCUUGGUGGACGUUGGCCUGGUGGCCAUGGCCUGUUUCUUCCUCAUCCUGACUUCCUACGUGUACAUUGUCUCCGCCAUUUUGAGGAUCAACAGCAGCGAAGGGCGUCGCCGGGCCUUCUCCACUUGCACGGCCCACAUCACUUUGGUGAUUAUAUUUUAUGUGCCAGUCGUUUUCCAUUACAUGAGGCCGGGGUCACAGGACUACAUGGAUAGUGUGGUGAGCAUGUUCUACACCACCAUCACCCCAUUUCUGAACCCUGCCAUAUACACCCUCAGGAAUAAAGAAAUGAAGGCCAUUCUCUUAAAACUGUGGCAUGGGAAUCCUAAGUAA